GCAAUUCACCCUCUCUUGUCGGCCGAUUGAGGACCAACAAUUGGUAUCGGAGUCAGACUCACUUCAGAAGGACUAACUGCCAUCCGAAGCAAAAGAAAUUGCCGGAUCUAGCAUCUACUCGCUGAAAUUUAAGGGAGAUUUUGCAACGUGGCAAAAGUGCAUGGAGGUAUUCUUCAAGACCGAUUUUGAAAUAUUAUUAAUUAUAGAAUACAGUUUUGUAGCACCUACGGAUCAACACGGAGCCGAGAAAGAAGAGUAUACAUGGACAAAGAAGGAAUAAGUCGACUUCGUGGCUAAUGGAAAAGCAGAGUUCCAUCUGCUUAGUGUUCUUCCGCCCUAGGAGGCAAACAAAAAAAGAGCAAGGAAGAUAAGAUACUAUAACUGUAAUGAAGAGGGAUACAUCAAGGAGGUCUGCCCAAAGAUGAAGGACAACAAGAAAGGACCAAGUACAACUAAGCAUAAAACUCUUAAGGCGUCUUAGGACGAGUCGUCAUCAGAAUUUGAUUUGGAGGAGUACGGUGGACUUGCAUUGAUGGCAAGUCACCAGGACGAUAACAUAGACGAAGGGGGAGGUUCCUCAGAAGAAAGCUGCAGCGAGGAGGAAGAAACAAACUUCAGAGCAGAUCCGGUAAGUGAGGGCAAUUCACCUCUUCUUACCGGCCGAUCGAGGAUCAACACAUACCUUAAUCUUUUCCUUGAUUUAGAUUUAGAGAAGUUAUUUGAAGUUGCUUCUACUAGGUGGUUUCGGCCGAAUGAAGUUCACGCAAUAUUAUCCAACUACACACUCACUAAGAUACAGCCCCAACCAAUUGACAAUCCAUCAAAUGGCAGGGUACUGCUAUUUGACAGGAAAAUGUUGCGAAACUUUCGGAAAGAUGGUCACAAUUGGAAGAAGAAAAAAGAUGGGAAGACAGUACAAGAAGCUCAUGAAAAAUUGAAAAUAGGAAAUGAAGAUAGGAUUCAUGUUUACUAUGCACGCAGUGAAGAUGACCCUAAUUUUUACAGGAGAUGCUACUGGCUAUUAGAUAAGAGCUUGGAGCGCAUAGUUCUCGUGCACUACCGUCAAACAUCAGAGGACAAUGCAGUUCAAGGAAUUCCUGCAUCAUUAGAAUGCACUGAGGUUUUAUCAUCAAAAAACAGGAUGCAUAGUGGUUCUCCAUCAACGCCAGUGCAUUCGGCUACUGAUUCUGCCCAUUCAGAGGAGUUGGGAUCUGCAGUUGUAUCGGAAGAAACUUUGGGAGAAUAUCAUGUCAGCUGCACUGGUUCUACUAGUACGCCAUUGAUGGAUAACUGCAAUGAUCUUCAAAAUCAUGAGUUCAGUCUCCACGAUAUUAACACACUUGAAUGGGAUGAACUUGUUGUGUCUACUGUUGACGAUGAUUCACCUGUUACGAGAGAUGGUGAUGGUUUAUCCAGUUACCAGCAAAGUAAUGAUAUUAGAAAUUCCAUUAACGCUUGCUUUAUUCCAUCUAAUGGUGUGCCUGGAAGAUUAUCUUCCACAUUACCAUUGAAUGCUACAUCUGGUGGUGAUGAUUAUUCUGUUGAACAAUCAAUUAGUGACUUCCUUCAUCUGGGAAAUGGCCAAGAUAUCACUGCAGCGUCUUUAGGGGCAGAGAAACUGAAUUAUGAUGCAGAAGUAUACGAUUGGGAUGCUUUAGCUUGCAGUAGAAAAACACCUACUUUUAGUGACACUGGUCUCGUUAGUCAGAACAGUUUUGGAUGCUGGAAUGUAAAUAGUGAUUCUCUUGUCUUGCUAGAAGAUUUUCAGAUUCAGGUUCCAUGUACGGUGGACGGUGAAGCUAAUUCAGUGACCACAAUGAUGGGGGAUCCUAUUUUCAAUAUAACUGAAAUCUCACCUGGUUGGUCUUAUUCUACAGAGGAAACAAAGGUCAUAGUGGUUGGUAACUUUUGUGAAUCAAUGAAGCACUUGAUGUCAUCCAACAUCUAUUGUGCCUUUGGCGAGAAAUGUGUUGCAGCUGAAGUAGUCCAACCAGGUGUCUACCGGUGCAAGGCACCUCCACAGCCACCUAGUCCAGUUAAUCUUUUUCUAACAAUGGAUGGUUGUACGCCAAUUAGCCAGGUUUUGAACUUUGACUACCGCUCUUUACCAGAUGUUUCUUCGGAUUGUCCAGCAAUUUCGUCAGAAGAUGAUUCUAAUAAUAUAAAGUUGGACCAAGUGCAGAAGAGACUUGCUUAUCUUCUGUUUUCUACAUCCAUCAAACCUACAAUUUUAUCAGGUCGUAUACAUCAGAAAUUCUUCAAUGGUGCCAACAAAUUUGCAUUACUCACUUCUCCUUCAGUUGAAAAAGACUGGAUGAAGUUUUUAGAACUGGGUGACACUGAUACGAGCUCCUCUGCACCAACUAAAGAUGAUUUCAUUCACCUGUUGUUAAAGAACAAACUACAGGAGUGGCUUUUGCUAAAGGUGGCUCAAGGUUGUAAAACAACUGAGCAUGAUAGUCAAGGUCAAGGAGUCAUUCAUUUAUGUGCUAUCCUAAACUAUACAUGGACAGUUCGUUUAUUUUCCUUGUCAGGGUUGUCCUUGGAUUUUCGAGACAUUCAUGGAUGGACGGCCUUACAUUGGGCUGCAUAUUAUGGGAGGGAGCAGAUGAUUGCUGCUCUUUUGUCUGCUGGAGCAAAUCCUAGCUUAGUCACUGACCCUACCUCCCAUAGUCCUGGAGGCAGCAUGGCUUCUGACCUGGCAUCAAAACAAGGCUAUAACGGCUUGGCGGCAUAUCUUGCUGAGAAGGCACUUGCUGCACAUUUUGAGGCUAUGUCAUUGUCAGGGAACAUGAAUACAGAGGGCGUACCUGCUAAAACUAGCAUAGCUAACUUUGAAAAUGCUUAUUCUCAAAACCUCAGUGAGCAAGAACUUUGUCUGAAAGAAUCAUUAGAUGCAUACAGGAAUGCUGCUGAUGCAGCUGAUCGUAUACAAUCUGCAAUGAGGGAGCGUGCUCUAAAGCUGCAAACUAAAGCAGUUCGGCUGCACAAACCUGAAAUGGAAGCUUCCCAUAUAGUGGCUGCUAUGAAAAUUCAGCAUGCAUAUCGUAAUUAUAACAGACGAAAGAUGAUGAAGGCUGCUACAAGAAUACAAAGCCAUUUCCACACCUGGAAAAUGAGGAGGGAUUUUGUAAACAAGCGCAAAAAAGCUAUUAAAAUACAAUCUAUAUUUCGUGGGCACCAAGUGAGGAAGCAAUACCGGAAAAUCUGUUGGUCAGUUGGAGUGCUUGAGAAAGCAAUUCUUCGUUGGCGAUUGAAGCGAAGAGGCCUGCGUGGCAUUCAAGUUGAAAAUGCAGAAGCAAUGAGUCUCGAUACAACACCAGAAAGUACUGGAGAGGAGGGAUUUUUUCUUCUUAGCAGGAAGCAAGCUGAAGAGCGGGUCAGUAGGUCGGUUGUACGAGUUCAAGCCAUGUUUCGGUCAUAUAGAGCCCAGCAAGAGUAUCGAAGAAUGAAGAUGGCAUAUGAACAGGCAAAGCUUGAGUUUUCUGAGCUCCAAUGAAUUGAAGUAGGCUACUCCACAGUUUCUAGUAGCAGGAAUGUUCUACAAGUUUGUCUUCACUCUGAAGGAGUAAAUAGGCGUACCUACAAGUUUGGCCUCCAACAAGUAAAUAGGUGUAAUUAAGUCCCCGCGUGUAAAAGUCUACCUACAAGAUUGUCUCAACUCUGAACGAGUAAAUGGUGUAGUUAAGGCCACGUGCUUAACAGUCUGAUAAUUGUAAUUUGUUUCUCCUGUUUAAACCAGUAUGGGGUAGGAAAAAUUGCAGGAAUUUGUAAUGCUAAUCUUGGUAGUUGUGGAAGUAGAAAGGAUGGGAUUCAUAGCAAAAAGAAGUCUACUGCAGGAGGCUGAAUAAUGCUAUGGGUUAAUUUCACUUGCUGUAUCCAAGUCAUGAUCCAUGUAAUGAUUUGUUGCAAAAAGCAUGUCUUCAGAUAAAGAGAUGGAUUGUAUUGUAUGUUAGAGAAUGUAUAUAAUAUGCAACUUUGUUUUGGUGUUA